GGAUAAGAACCUUUGAGGUACAAUGGUUUCCAAUAGAUAUGGAUGAGCCAGUGGGCAUGGAUGAUGUCGAGAAGAUUUAUUUUGAUACAGAUCCUGACAGCUUAAUGACGCACAGAUGGACCCUUCAGAAACCUACUAAAUCUAAGUCUUAUGAUUCAAAAGAACAGAAAGAGCUUAUCCUAGCAACAAAGGACUUGACUGAUGGCUACACUAUUGAAGUUAUUAAAAAUGGAAGUUCUCUGAAAAAAUACUGGCUAAAAGAAGCUACUUAUACCUGCCAUCUACCAAUACAAUGUGAUGUUCUUGUUCGUUUUCCUAAAUUUCAAACUGAACAUGUUUCAAGAUUUUCAAGACUUAAUCACCCGGAAACCUAAUUACAGUGGUUACUUAAACUUCUAUUUUUUUUACUAGUUUUGUAAUAAUAUCAAUUUUGUAAAAUUAUUUGGUAGUAGAUAUUAUGUCUAUUUUAUAGCAUGAAAUUCACAUUUUCAAUUAAAUGUUUGGUUCACUAGUUUUAUAUUGUUCUUUAGUAAUUUAACAUUUUAAAGACAUUAGAUUUAACGUAAAAACGAAAUUAUUUUUAUCUAAAAUAACAGCAAUCAAGUGGCAAAAUUUUUUGAAAAGAAUAUACUAGAUGUCUUUUGCAUAAUUACAUUUCAACUUUCAAUAUUUAUAAAAUUUAUGCAUGCUUUAUGCUUAAUACUUAUCUGCUUGGUUUUGUCUCUAUGUAAGCUCUAUAAAUAAUUUAACUGUGAAUAUAAGUUACUAUUGUAUCACACUCUAUAGUUGUAAUAGCAGUGAAUUCUGCUAAGGAGAGCUACUAUAUUUUAUUAUCGUAACUGCAAUUUCGUGUUGACUUAUGCUCCAUUUUAAAUUUCAACUAUUCCAUUCUCAUAAGUUUUUAUUGCUUUGCUGAUUAAAAUGGUUCAAUA